GCUUGGUGAGCAGAAGAGACUAUGAAGAGACUUUUGACAGGUAGUGUAAUGAAUUCAACGAUAACUCCAUUUUUAUGUAAUCAGACUAAUUCCCUCAUUGCAUCUAAAAUGUAAAUGUAAACGCAUCCUGAAACGGCUAAUUAAUCUUAAGUCACAUAAGCCGUGGUUUGUCAGAGCUGUGGCUGGUGUUUGUUGGAAGCCACACACAGUGGAAAUGGACAGUAUCAGAUUGCACCUCUUUGCCCUAAUUACCAGAGCUUUGCCUCAGUGGGCCGUCAUGGUUUGUUAACAGCAAGAGCUUAUUAACAUGGAUGAGGGGGUCUGAGGGGGCUCAGUAUAAAUACCUGCACACGCCCAGCUCGUGUCACACAGGUGGGCCGAUGCCGUGCGAGCAGGACUCAGACCCCGAGUAAGUGAACAUCUAGAGUCAUGACCUGCCAGGCCUUCAGCACCACCGACUCCUUCACUACUCUCAGCGGAGACUCGGCUGCUCUGCCGCUGCUAAUGCAUCACGCCGGAGCUGCAGACUGCCUGCCCGUCACAAGCCACACCGCCAACAUGGUGCCUUCAGUCCCCUCAGGUCUCCCUCUGGUCCAGUCAUCCAAACGCUCUCACAUGCACCUCUCCACUUCUGCGCUGGGCAAUGCGUCAGCCAGCCUCCACUACCCAAUGCCCCCAUGUCACUAUAGCAACCAGCAGACCACCUACGGUAUGAUGGCAGCACAGGAAAUGCUCUCUGCCAGCAUCUCCCAGACCCGCAUCCUGCAGACCUGCAGCGUGCCUCAUGCCAACAUGGUCAACGGAGCCAACUCACUGCAAGGAGCUCUGGCUCCACGCCUCUAUAAGUUCCCAGAGCACAGUUUGGGUGGGGGCUCCUGUGCUUUGACCCACAGCUUACCGCCGCUGCCCCAGGCCCUGCUCACGGACGAACACACCCUAGGUGACAUCAAGCAGGAACUACGCAGAAAAAGCCGGCCCCUCGAAGAGCCCCCCGACAUGGACUCACCUCAGAUUCGUGAACUGGAGAAGUUUGCCAAUGACUUCAAAUUGAGGAGGAUCAAACUAGGUUACACACAGACCAAUGUGGGUGAAGCCCUGGCGGCGGUGCACGGCUCCGAAUUCAGCCAAACCACCAUCUGCCGCUUCGAGAACUUGCAGCUCAGCUUCAAAAACGCCUGCAAGCUCAAAUCCAUCCUGGCAAAGUGGCUGGAGGAGGCUGAGCAAGCCGGUGCUCUUUUUAAUGAGAAGAUGGGCAUGCAUGAGCGUAAGCGCAAACGGAGAACAACCAUCAGUCUCGGGGCUAAGGAAGCCUUAGAAAGGAAUUUUGUGGAGAAGAGUAAGCCAUCAUCUCAGGAGAUUGUGCGAAUGGCGGAGGGUCUCCAUCUGGAGAAGGAGGUGGUGCGCGUUUGGUUCUGUAACCGCCGGCAGAGGGAGAAGAGGGUCAAAACCAGCCUACACCACAGCUCCUUCAUGGCCAAAGAGACUGCGGCCUGUAGACCUUGAAGAUCCUGAUGUGUGAUUGUCUACAGGCAAAAAACCAACACCGACCUUUGGCAGUGAGUGGGUUUGUUGUACUGAUUCACCAGCAGGAGAGAGUGAGGAUAUGCAGUGACCCUAAAAACUAUUGAACACAUUUAAAAAUGUCUGAAUCAUGUUAUAUCAUGCAUAUCAAAAUAUCAAACAUCAAACAUGUGCCAACAAGCUAUGACAUUAUGAAACAUUUUCACAUUUGAUAAAGUGUUUUUAGUAGAUGUAUGAAGUCAUUUCUCCUCAAAUUCACACGUGUGGAAAAUUACAUGAACUAAUUUAAGAAUAUAUGAUCUAAUGUUUUACAAAUACUUAGUGUCACAAUACUUUCUCUUAAUAAUUUACACCUACUCUUUUAUCAUUUCAAUCCCAAAAAAAUUCUGAUAAAUUUUAUUAAUGCUUUAAAAUAAAUGCGAGUAGGUUUGACUUUGUGUCAAUCAAUGCCAUUCAUGGAUUUUUAGGGGUGACAAAUUUUGUAAAAAAUUUUGUUUUGUUAAAAUAAAUGCCAUUUUAUUUUAUUUUAUUUUAUUUUAUUUUAUUUUAUUUUAUUUUAUUUUAUUUUAUUUUAUUUUAUUUUAUUUUAUUUUAUUUUAUUUUAUUUUGUUGGCUUGAUAUGGCAAAUGCAAUGACAUACAUUGGUUGUUAGGUGUGUUUUUAGUGCCAAAAUUGUAUUUUAUUUUAUUUUAUUUUAUAUUAAACUGACAAAUUUUGGUAAAUGUUUUGUUUAAAAAGGUUAAAAUAAAUGCCACUUGGCUUGAUAUUGCAAAUGCAGACAUUCAUAGGUUGUUAGGUGUGCCUUUAGUGCCCAAAUUUACAUUUUAUUUUAUUUUAUUUUUAGAGGUUCAAGCGCUUAACGCUGAAACCCUAAAAUAAUUGUUAGAAUGGUCACAGAUCAGCAAUCUCCAUAUAAAACUAACCGUGAAAACCUCGUAGAGACUUGAAACUUGGAGGAAUGGUAGUACUCACACUGGCAACAACGUUCUCGGCCUGAGGGGGCACUACAGUGGACAAAAAUCCGAAAACACUCAACACUCCUAAACUGUCAGACGCAGGCUUAAGUGUCUUAUGUCUUUGGAAUCCUUGGCUCACGGUGGACAGAAAGCACAGCAGAUUUGAUCAUGAGCCCAGCGAAAUGUUCAGCUAUUUCGCAUUUUUUUUUAAAAUCUACUUUUACAAACUAGUCCUAGGUUUUUUGCCCGAUUGGAACCAAACCAGUGCAGAAAGAUUCUCUGGAGUGAACAUCAAUAAUUAUCAAAAAAAUUGAAUGGAACGAGAUGUCUCCGCCAACCUCUGAACACUUAUGUAAGAGCUCAAUCUCAGAUCACAGGAAAAAAAAUCACAGAACUUGGCCAAAGGGGGGAAAACUGAACUUUUUCAGUAAAUCUGGAAAAAAACACUGCAGUACAAUUCUCUGGACUCUCUAGGCCAAUCAUUUUUUAAAAAAAAUGUUGAAAUUUACCCUUUGAGAAGCUAUAUCGGGGUCAUUUAGAAAAGGCGCCUGUCCGAAUGUAACCAAAAUCCAAUGAAGCUUAAAGAAAAACAUAGGUUGUUAGGUGUGCCUUUAGUGACCAAUUUUAUUUUAUCUUUUUUUUUUUUUUUUUUUAUUGCUUUAAUGAAUAAGACAAUUUAAGCAAACCUUUCAUUGGAAUUUAAACUUGAGCUAUUAAAUUUAUAAAUCAUUUAUAAAAUUUCUUUGCUCUCAAAAGGGACAAUUAUGAUUUUGUGGCUGAAGAGAUUUAAAAGUGCUUAUAAGGGCUAAAUAAAAUCUAGAUAGUUAAAAUAAUUUAUUAAUCAUUAAUAUAUUUAAAUGCAUUGCAAUCUAAGUUUAAUAUAUUAGCGAAAUAUGCAAAUAUUCUACAAAUGUCUGAAAACAUAUCAAGGAAAUGUGUCAUUGCACUGUAGAGUUUUGUAUGAAGCAACCAAACCUUUUUGUGAUGUACAGAAAUGAUGAAUUUGUCCAAAUAAAUGACUAAUAUUGUG